CCUCGUUUUUAUGUCAGCCGUUAAAAUUAAAUUGACGCGCGAAAUUGGCAAAACAAAACAGAAAUGUCACAUUCGGGGUGUCCUCUUGGUGACAGAAUCCUAGUAGGUUACAUUUUACCCGAAAAGAAGGUUAAAAACUCCGAAAAUGACGACUCUGAUUGGGAAGAUGAUGAUGAGGAGGAAGACGAUGCACAGCCGGAGUUUCUGGAUAUGAAAGAGAUGGACAGCGUUAGUUCAGGAGGACAUGUGUUUAAUUCCUCCGUACCGGGCCGAAACGAAGUUGAUUUCCUGGACAGCGUGUCUGGUAAGAGAUGCAGAGUACUGGGCCGGUUCAGUCUGAAGGACCCGUGGUGGGAGGCUACCUGCACGGCCCGCGCAGCCAGGGGCAAGCUGGUGCUGCGGGGCUACCCUGCCUACCGCCUUCGCUCAGACCUCCAGGGAGACCCGGACCACUCUGUCCUGUCUCUGUUCCUCACAGCCUGCGGCGUGGACGCACAGUUUGUCGUCCCCUUCUUUGCUUGGCUGCCGAUGGGAAGGAAGGUGGAGUUUGCUAACUUGCAGGAAGUUCUGGCUGAGUUUGAGGAAGGAGAGCAGCACAGGGCUUUGGCACAGCAGAUUAAAGCCUUGGUCUCUGUUUCAGUUGCAGGGAUGCGCGUGACGGCUGCCUCUCUGUACCCCCAUGUGAUGAGAUACCUGCCUACCCUACUGCCAGGGCGCUUCACAGAGCUCCUGAGUCGGGGAAAGAAAAGCCAAAAACAGGGUGCUACACAGCUAGAGGAGGAAGGGGAGGAUCUCAGCUUGCUGGCCAGAAUAGAGGAGAUUAUCAAGACUGACGUCUGGAAGCUGGGCUUUAACUAUGUUAUGUACAAGGAGUUGAAGGUGGUCCAUUGCGAGGCUCAGCUGAGAUCCUUCCAUGAGUGUAAACUCUUCCAAGAGAUCCCUCUGAAGCAGCGUAACGCCCUGCGAGUCUACGACUCUCUGAAGAACCACUGCUACAGGACGGGCAGUACCUACAUGGAGCUCCCCACCCUGUGUGACGAGGUCAGGAGAGGGUGUAGCUCCGUGGUGGAGGUGGAGGUGUGGGACGCAGUCCACUUCCUCAAAGAGCUGGGCGUAGUGGUACGGGAUCGCCAGAAGGUGGCGCUGCAGAACCUGCAUUCUUAUGAGACUGGGAUAGCGGAGUGUCUACGCUGUCUGGUGCAGGAAGAGCCCUGGGUUAUACCUCUGGAUGUCAUAGAGGUGCUGACUGCUUCAGCUCUGCAGAGGCUGAGGAAGAAGGGAGGGGAUGGAGGGAGUAGGGAGGAUCAAGGUGAAGUGGACUCCGACGCAGAGCGGAAGGCUGAUGAGUUGAAUGGAAGGUGUGAUAUGGAUGGCAGCGCUGCAGAGACAGACUGUACUAGUACUGCUGUUAGAACAGCAAGCGGAUUCUCUGUCCCAGACCACAUCAAACCAGAACCAGCCCCUACAGACCAGGGCCCUCCAGUAGAUUUAGACCCAGACCAGGGCUCUCCUCCUCCAGUAGAUUUAGACCCAGACCAGGGCCCUCCAGUAGAUUUAGACCCAGACCAGGUACGUGCAGCGGAGAUGAUCUGCUUCAAUCCGGUGACUGUGAUCAGUGGUAAGGGGGGCUGUGGUAAGACCACGGUGGUGAGUCUGGUGUUCAAGGCCGCCUUGCAGCAGAGCCCAGAGAAGGUCAGGAAGGCAUGCUGGGACUUUGAGAAUGACUCCUUGGGGUCUGAGGCGUGGGAGGAAGCCGGCGCGUGGGAGGAAGAAGCCCUGUCGCAGAGUCUCCUCUCUCAGUUAGAGGGGGAGGUAAAGGACGAGAAGAAGAAGUCGUCGUCGUCGUGGGUUUUACAGGGAGAGGACGAGGUGCUACUAACAGCACCCACAGGGAGAGCUGCGUCUCUGCUCACCAAGAGGACCUGCUUCAAGGCCUACACCCUGCACCAGGUAGUGUGGAGUUUCAUGCAGGCCAAGAAAGACCCCAACGGGGCUCCUGAGGAGUGGAAGUUUGCGUGUGUGCGUGUGUUGGUGGUGGACGAGGGCAGUCUGGUGUGUGUUCAGCUCCUCCACUCCGUCCUCACCAUGCUCACCAAACACGCACAGCUCAGGAAGUUUGUCAUCUUGGGUACGUUUCUUCCGACAGUGCAGAAGGAGUGUGCCUUGAUCAAUGAGCUUUGCUGCAAACAUUACUGCAACCACCGCACCAAAAACAACAAGAACCGACUAGCUUUCCAGCCGAGAGAUAAAGUCUGCUGUACAAAGAACGGCUACGUCACAGACAGGAACAAGGAAGUGUCUCCUGAAGCAGAGGACCUGGAGAGCAGCUACGUAUCUGACCGGGCCAGGACCAAGCAGAGACUUCCUGGUCUGGACGGAGGGGAGAGACGGAGAGGGAACGGGGCCACACAGAGAGACGGAAGUGGUGACAAAAUGAAAAGCAAAGAGAAGAAUAAAGAGCGUCUUUGUAACGGAGAGAUAUUCUUUAUUAAACAUGACGUGACAGAGGAGGAGGCGGGCUCACAGCGGAACAGGAAGCAGAGGUACUUGACUCUGGAUGAUGGUGACGGACGGACGCUGUGUGUUUCCUUCAGGGAGCUGCAGAGAGAAUGUAAACUGCAACACGCCUGGGCUAGGACCAUACACACCUUCCAGGGGUCGGAGACCGAGACCAUUGUGUACGUGCUGGGAAACGGCAGCGUCCAGACGUGGAAGCACGUGUACACGGCUGUGACACGGGGACAGAAGCGUGUAUAUGUCAUAGCCAAGCAGGAGGGCAUGGCCUCGGCCAUUAGGAGACGCAUCAUCCCGCGUAACACCCGGCUGGGAACCCUGGUCAAAGAGCUGCUGGUCCAGCCUGGGGGGCACGACCAACCAGACCAGAACCAACCCCCUCCGGGUACACCUCGCAGGGCAGCCCCAGGCUUCGGGCCUACACAGACCACUCCUCUGGCCUCACAGACACCGAGCUGGUCUCUAAGGACCCCCUACAAAACCCCUAUAGCAGCACCCAGACUCUUCUCUACGCCCAGCCGAGCAGUCCCACUUCACGCCAAUCGUGUCCAGUCCCACUCUACGUCGGUCCUACCCAGGGAGCUGUGGAGAAAUGAGCCUCCAACAGCUCCUCAGGCAGAUGCCUCAGACACCUCUCUAAUGGACGACAUCACUUUCAGUCAGGCAUAUACCUGGUCGCCUAUGAACAGCAGCUCUGAGGACCCCUCUCAGGAGCAGCCCGGGUCGUGUGAGGAGGAGGAGGAGGAGGAAGGGAUCAAGAUGGAGGCUAGCAGCAGCGCUGUAGAGGAUGGACACAUGGGGAAGGCUUCACAUUUAGCUGCUCGUUCUGGGGUUGAGAGCACCCCUCCCAAGAGGACGCUCGGUCCUGACAGUGAGAAACAGAAUGGGACUCCUCAUAAACAGAUCAAGGUGGAGCCAUUCGAAUCACCGCUGGGCUGUUCCGGACUGCAGCAGCUCGCCCUCUGCACGCCCACCUCCCACGGCAAACGGCUCUUCCAAGGUCCACCCUCCGAUCAGGACUGAACGUCUUCUCUCCCUGACCCAGGAUAUCUUAUGAUUGAUGGCCACUACUGCAUUGAUACCAGGAUAUCUUAUGAUUGAUGGCCACUACUGCAUUGAUACCAGGAUAUCUUACGAUUGAUGGCCACUACUGCAUUGAUACCAGGAUAUCUUAUGAUUGAUGGCCACUACUGCAUUGAUACCAGGAUAUCUUAUGAUUGAUGGCCACUACUGCAUUGAUACCAGGAUAUCUUACGAUUGAUGGCCACUACUGCAUUGAUACCAGGAUAUCUUACGAUUGAUGGCCACUACUGCAUUGAUACCAGGAUAUCUUAUGAUUGAUGGCCACUACUGCAUUGAUACCAGGAUAUCUUACGAUUGAUGGCCACUACUGCAUUGAUACCAGGAUAUCUUAUGAUUGAUGGCCACUACUGCAUUGAUACCAGGAUAUUUGAAUCAAAUCAUAUUUUAAAUGUCAUAUGCACGGAAUACAAGUGUAGAUCUUACCAAUAAUGCAAUUUUAAUUAAAAAUAAGACUUAAGAAUGAUAUUUACUAAAUAAACUUUUUUUUUUUUUAACACAAUAAAAUAACAAUAAUGAGGUUAUAUACAGGGGGUACCGGUACCGAGACAAUGUGUGGGGGGUAGAGGUUAGUCGAGGUGAUUGAGGUAGGUAAGGGUAACGUGACUAUGCAUUGAUCAUAGAGAGGAACAUUAGUGGGGGGGGGGAUUCAAUGUAAAUAGUCUGGUGGCCAGUUGAUGAACUAUUCAGCAGUCUAAUGGCUUCUGGGAAGCUGUUAAGGAGCCUUUUGGACUUGGUGCUCCGGCACCGCUUGCCGUGCGGUAGCAGAGAGAACAGUCUAUGACUUGGGUGGCUGGAGUCUGACCAUUUUUUUAGGGCCUUCCACUGUCACCGCCUGGUAUAGAGGUCCUGGAUGGCAGGAAGCUCGGCCCCAGUGAUGUACUGGGCUGUACACACUACCCUCUAUAGCAUCUAUAGCACCUGGUAUAGAGGUCCUGGAUGGCAGGAAGCUCGGCCCCAGUGAUGUACUGGGCCGUACACACUACCCUCUAUAGCAUCUAUAGCACCUGGUAUAGAGGUCCUGGAUGGCAGGAAGCUCAGCCCCAGUGAUGUACUGGGCCGUACACACUACCCUCUAUAGCAUCUGUAGCACCUGGUAUAGAGGUCCUGGAUGGCAGGAAGCUCGGCCCCAGUGAUGUACUGGGCUGUACACACUACCCUCUAUAGCAUCUAUAGCACCUGGUAUAGAGGUCCUGGAUGGCAGGAAGCUCGGCCCCAGUGAUGUACUGGGCUGUACACACUACCCUCUAUAGCAUCUAUAGCACCUGGUAUAGAGGUCCUGGAUGGCAGGAAGCUCGGCCCCAGUGAUGUACUGGGCCGUACACACUACCCUCUAUAGCAUCUAUAGCACCUGGUAUAGAGGUCCUGGAUGGCAGGAAGCUCGGCCCCAGUGAUGUACUGGGCCGUACACACUACCCUCUAUAGCAUCUAUAGCACCUGGUAUAGAGGUCCUGGAUGGCAGGAAGCUCGGCCCCAGUGAUGUACUGGGCUGUACACACUACCCUCUAUAGCAUCUAUAGCACCUGGUAUAGAGGUCCUGGAUGGCAGGAAGCUCGGCCCCAGUGAUGUACUGGGCCGUACACACUACCCUCUAUAGCAUCUAUAGCACCUGGUAUAGAGGUCCUGGAUGGCAGGAAGCUCGGCCCCAGUGUUGUACUGGGCCGUACACACUACCCUCUAUAGCACCUGGUAUAGAGGUCCUGGAUGGCAGGAAGCUCGGCCCCAGUGAUGUACUGGGCUGUACACACUACCCUCUAUAGCAUCUGUAGCACCUGGUAUAGAGGUCCUGGAUGGCAGGAAGCUCGGCCCCAGUGAUGUACUGGGCCGUACACACUACCCUCUAUAGCAUCUAUAGCACCUGGUAUAGAGGUCCUGGAUGGCAGGAAGCUCGGCCCCAGUGAUGUACUGGGCUGUACACACUACCCUCUAUAGCAUCUAUAGCACCUGGUAUAGAGGUCCUGGAUGGCAGGAAGCUCGGCCCCAGUGAUGUACUGGGCUGUACACACUACCCUCUAUAGCACCUGGUAUAGAGGUCCUGGAUGGCAGGAAGCUCGGCCCCAGUGAUGUACUGGGCCGUACACACUACCCUCUAUAGCAUCUAUAGCACCUGGUAUAGAGGUCCUGGAUGGCAGGAAGCUCGGCCCCAGUGAUGUACUGGGCUGUACACACUACCCUCUAUAGCAUCUAUAGCACCUGGUAUAGAGGUCCUGGAUGGCAGGAAGCUCGGCCCCAGUGAUGUACUGGGCUGUACACACUACCCUCUAUAGCACCUGGUAUAGAGGUCCUGGAUGGCAGGAAGCUCGGCCCCAGUGAUGUACUGGGCUGUACACACUACCCUCUAUAGCAUCUAUAGCACCUGGUAUAGAGGUCCUGGAUGGCAGGAAGCUCGGCCCCAGUGAUGUACUGGGCUGUACACACUACCCUCUAUAGCAUCUAUAGCACCUGGUAUAGAGGUCCUGGAUGGCAGGAAGCUCGGCCCCAGUGAUGUACUGGGCUGUACACACUACCCUCUAUAGCAUCUAUAGCACCUGGUAUAGAGGUCCUGGAUGGCAGGAAGCUCGGCCCCAGUGAUGUACUGGGCUGUACACACUACCCUCUAUAGCAUCUAUAGCACCUGGUAUAGAGGUCCUGGAUGGCAGGAAGCUCUGCCCCAGUGAUGUACUGCGCUGUACACACUACCCUCUAUAGCAUCUAUAGCACCUGGUAUAGAGGUCCUGGAUGGCAGGAAGCUCGGCCCCAGUGAUAUACUGGGCUGUACACACUACCCUCUAUAGCAUCUAUAGCACCUGGUAUAGAGGUCCUGGAUGGCAGGAAGCUCGGCCCCAGUGAUGUACUGGGCUGUACACACUACCCUCUAUAGCAUCUAUAGCACCUGGUAUAGAGGUCCUGGAUGGCAGGAAGCUCGGCCCCAGUGAUGUACUGGGCUGUACACACUACCCUCUAUAGCAUCUAUAGCACCUGGUAUAGAGGUCCUGGAUGGCAGGAAGCUCGGCCCCAGUGAUGUACUGGGCUGUACACACUACCCUCUAUAGCAUCUAUAGCACCUGGUAUAGAGGUCCUGGAUGGCAGGAAGCUCGGCCCCAGUGUUGUACUGGGCCGUACACACUACCCUCUAUAGCACCUGGUAUAGAGGUCCUGGAUGGCAGGAAGCUCGGCCCCAGUGAUGUACUGGGCUGUACACACUACCCUCUAUAGCAUCUGUAGCACCUGGUAUAGAGGUCCUGGAUGGCAGGAAGCUCGGCCCCAGUGAUGUACUGGGCCGUACACACUACCCUCUAUAGCAUCUAUAGCACCUGGUAUAGAGGUCCUGGAUGGCAGGAAGCUCGGCCCCAGUGAUAUACUGGGCUGUACACACUACCCUCUAUAGCAUCUAUAGCACCUGGUAUAGAGGUCCUGGAUGGCAGGAAGCUCGGCCCCAGUGAUGUACUGGGCUGUACACACUACCCUCUAUAGCACCUGGUAUAGAGGUCCUGGAUGGCAGGAAGCUCGGCCCCAGUGAUGUACUGGGCUGUACACACUACCCUCUAUAGCAUCUAUAGCACCUGGUAUAGAGGUCCUGGAUGGCAGGAAGCUCGGCCCCAGUGAUGUACUGGGCUGUACACACUACCCUCUAUAGCAUCUAUAGCACCUGGUAUAGAGGUCCUGGAUGGCAGGAAGCUCGGCCCCAGUGAUGUACUGGGCUGUACACACUACCCUCUAUAGCAUCUAUAGCACCUGGUAUAGAGGUCCUGGAUGGCAGGAAGCUCUGCCCCAGUGAUGUACUGCGCUGUACACACUACCCUCUAUAGCAUCUAUAGCACCUGGUAUAGAGGUCCUGGAUGGCAGGAAGCUCGGCCCCAGUGAUAUACUGGGCUGUACACACUACCCUCUAUAGCAUCUAUA